AUGGCUCUGAGGACCAGAGUGAACUGCUGCACUGUUCUUCUGCUAUCUCUCCAAGUAAUGACCACUGAAGCCUUAUGGAGGAUAUCACUAAAGAAGAUGCCUUCCAUACGGGAGACACUAAAGGAGCUGGGAGUUACCCCUGAACAAGUGUUUUCUGAAUUUGCCCAGAAAACUGGAGAUGACCCCCAUCCCAGUAACGGCACGGCCCCAACACCACUGACCAAUUACCUAGAUACUCAGUACUUUGGGGAGAUCAGUAUUGGUUCACCUGCCCAGAUGUUUAAUGUGGUGUUUGAUACAGGAUCGGCAAACCUGUGGGUUCCCUCUCACAGCUGCUCCCCACUCUACACAGCCUGCUUCACUCAUAACAGGUACGAUGGUUCCAAGUCCCACACCUACAUUCACAACGGAACAGGGUUCUCCAUACAGUAUGCUUCUGGAAAUGUCCGGGGCUAUCUGAGUGAGGACGUGGUUGUGGUUGGUGGGAUUCCGGUGGUGCAGGUGUUUGCAGAGGCCACAGCACUUCCUGCCAUUCCAUUCAUCUUCGCCAAGUUUGAUGGUGUGUUAGGAAUGGGCUAUCCCGACGUGGCCAUUGACGGAAUCACGCCAGUGUUUGACCGGAUCAUGUCCCAGCACAUUCUCAAGGAACAAGUCUUCUCCGUCUAUUACAGCAGGGACCCCAAACAUUCACCGGGGGGUGAAUUGGUACUGGGGGGCACAGAUCCCAACUAUUUCACUGGAUCAUUCAACUACGUCAACACCAAAGAGGAAGGAAAAUGGGAGGUGGACAUGAAGGGAGUGUCUGUAGGGGCAGAGAUGCUUUUCUGUAAGGAUGGCUGCACUGCUGUGGUCGAUACAGGCUCCUCCUACAUCACAGGCCCUGCCUCCUCUGUGUCAGUCCUAAUGAAAGCCAUUGGUGCGACAGAGCUGGCAGAGGGAGGGUACACGGUGAACUGCGACCUUGUCAAAUCCCUGCCAAGUGUCACCUUCCAUUUGGGUGGUGAGGAAUACACCCUAACAGAGGAGGACUACAUACAGUGGCAGUCGCAGUUUGGUGAAGAUGUCUGCACGGUAACAUUUAAGGGCCUGGAUGUGCCGCCCCCUGCUGGCCCUAUCUGGAUACUGGGCGCUAACUUCAUCGCUCGCUACUACACGGAAUUCGACCGACAAAACAAUCGUAUAGGAUUUGCAAGGGCGGUGUGA